AUGAUAGCGUCCUAUGUGGAGGAGCAACACAAACAGUGGGACAAAAAUCUGACAGAGUUCCGAUUUGCUCUAAAUUCGGCUGUGCAUGAGUCCACCUGGACAACUCCUGCAGAAAGGAACUUGAACAGCAGCAGCGCCGGCAAUUACUUGAACUCUUUAAUGAAGAGAGAUAGUAGCAAAGGUGGCCGCAACACAGAUGGCGCCUAUGUUCGCUCAAGCAUUUCCGGAUGCAAGAUGAUAAGGAGACAUGACCUCCAACAUGUGUUUGGAAAGCAGGACUUAAAGAAAGACGAGAGAAUGAUGGAGGGAAAGAGAUCAGACUCACCAGAACCCAGCUGUGUGUCCAUGAAGAGUGACCUGUCAAUGGGAUGUCCAUUUAACUUCAGAGACAGAGACAGUUCUACUGAUGUGAGACCACAAAAAUCAAACAUCAGCACAAAUCAGCUGGACACUAUAUUCAAGGAGCUGGAACACAAAGUCAUCACUCUGAUAAAGAAUGAGCUGAAGAGGUUUAGGAAGCUCCUGAGUCCAGAUUACCCAGCAUGCACUGAGAGGGAUGUGGAGGAUGAGGAGGAUCUGCACAGUGUCAGAGAGGGAGCGCUGAAGAUCACACUGCAUGGCCUGAAGAACAUGAACCACACAGAUCUCGCUAACACACUGCACAACAAACUUGCCCCUGUGUAUCAGCCAAAGUUGAAGUCCAAUCUGAGAGAGAAGUUUAAAAGAAUUAAUGAAGGAAUCUCACAGCAUGGAAGCUCAGCACUACUGAAUGAGAUCUACACUGAGCUCUACAUCACAGAGGGUUGGAGUGGAGACAUCAAUAAUGAACAUGAGGUGAGACAGAUUGAGGCAGCGUCCAGGAGACCAGCAACACAGGAGAAACCCAUCAAAUGUAAUGAGCUCUUUAAAGACAAGUCCAUCAGAACUGUGCUGACUAAAGGAGUUGCUGGAAUUGGAAAAACAGUCUCUGUGCAGAAGUUCAUCCUGGACUGGGCUGAAGGAGAAGUAAAUCAGGAUGUCACCUUCAUGUUUCCACUUCCCUUUAGAGAGCUGAAUCUGAUGAAGCAGCAAAAUCUCAGUCUGAUGAAACUUCUUCAUUACUUUUUCCCAGAAAUAAGAAAACUUGAAUCAAUAGACUGUGACUCCUACAAAGUGGUGUUGAUCUUUGAUGGUCUGGAUGAGUGUCGACUUCCUCUAAAUUUCCAGAAGAAUGAGAGAGUGUGUGAUGUGACAGAGUCAGCCUCAGUGGAUGUGCUGCUGACGAACCUCAUCAAGGGGAAUCUGCUUCCCUCUGCUCUCCUCUGGAUAACCACAAGACCAGGAGCAGUUAAUCAGAUCCCUCCUGAGUGUGUAGACCAGGUAACAGAGGUACGAGGCUUCAGUGAUCCUCAGAAAGAGGAGUACUUCAGGAAGAGGAUCAGUGAUCGGAGCCUGACCAAUAACAUCAUCACUCACCUGAAGUCUUCAAGAAGCCUCUACAUCAUGUGCCACAUCCCAGUCUUCUGCUGGAUCUCAGCCACUGUUCUAGAGAGAAUGUUGGGUGAAGCAGAGAGUGGAGAGAUCCCCAAGACUCUGACUCAAAUGUACACACACUUCCUGAUCUUUCAGAUCAAACACAAGGACCAAAAGUACCAUCAAAAAUGUGACCCUGAUCCUCAGCAGACCAGAGAGACCAUCAUGGCACUGGGAAAACUGGCUUUCCACCAGCUAGAGAAAGGAAACCUGAUCUUCUAUGAGGAAGACCUGAGAGAGUGUGGCAUUGAUGUCAGAGAAGUGUCAGUGUACUCAGGAGUGUGUACCCAGAUCUUCAGAGAGGAGUUUGGGCUUCUCCUGGGGAAGGUGUUCAGCUUCGUACAUCUGAGUGUUCAGGAGUUUCUGGCUGCUUUAUACACAUUUCUCUCCUUUAUUAGCAGAAAUGUAACAGAACAUCAAACCUCUAAUCUGUCUGAUCUUUUCAGGAAGUCAAACAUGUCUGAUCUCCUCAGGAGUGCAGUGGACAAGGCCUUACAGAGUGAGAAUGGACACCUGGACCUGUUCCUCCGCUUCCUUCUGGGUCUCUCACUGGAGACCAAUCAAACUCUCUUACGAGACUUAAUGCCACAGACAGGAAGCAGAUCUCACAGCAAACAGGAAACAGUGGAGUACAUCAAGGAGAAGAUCAGGGAGAAUCCAUCUCCAGAGAAAUCCAUCAAUCUGUUCCACUGUCUGAAUGAACUGAAUGAUCAUUCUCUAGUGCAGGAAGUACAAAAGUACCUGAACAGAGGAGGUCUCAGUCGUCUCAGUGGAACCAGUCUCUCUCCUGCUCAGUGGUCAGCUCUGGUGUUUGUGUUACUGACCUCGGAACUGGAGCUGGAUGUGUUUGAUUUGAGGAAAUAUGAUCCAUCACAUGAAGGUCUUCUGAGGCUGCUGCCAGUGGUCAAAGCCUCCAGAAAAGCUGUUCUGUUUCAGUGUAAUCUGACAGAGGAAAGUUGUAGAGUUCUGUCCUCAGUUCUCAGCUCAAACUCCUCCAGUCUGAGAGAACUGGACCUGAGUGUCAAUAAACUGCAGAAUUCAGGAUUGAAGCUGCUCUCUGAUGGACUGAAGAAUCCACACUGUGCACUGGAGAUACUGAGGCUGUGUUUCUGUUAUCUGACAGAGGAAAGCUGUAGAAUUCUGUCCUCAGUUCUCAGCUCAAACUCCUCCAGUCUGAGAGAACUGAACCUGAGUAACAAUAAACUGCAGGAUUCAGGAGUGAAGCUGCUCUCUGAUGGACUGAAGAAUCCACACUGCACACUGGAGAUACUGAGGAUGGAGGGCUGCAGUAUUACAGAUGAAGGUUGUGCUGCUCUGGCUUCAGCUCUGAGGUCAAACUCGUCAUCACACCUGAGAGAACUGAAUCUGAACAGUAAUAAUCCAGGAAAAUCAGGAGUGAAGCUACUCUCUGAUCUACUGAAGGAUCCACACUGUAAACUGGAGACACUACACAUUAAGGGUAAUACACUCACCAGGACUAGUUUAUGACAGGAGUCUCUCCUCAGACCUUUUUUCCAGGAUAAAGCAGUUAUGGUGGUGAAGCUUUAGAACACGUCCCACAUUUCCAGCAGUUUGGGAGCUGAAUCAUUCAUAUUCAGAUGUAGAAGAUCCAUAACAAUAACUGUGACUGAUCACAUCCUUUUAUCCUCUCAGCUACAACUUCACACUUUAACAUCUUUUACAAUUCAAAGUCAAAUCCUUCAGCAUCUACACACAACACAGAGAUAUCAUCACAUCAUCACACUGAUUACACAAAUAUACAUCCAUGUGUUACAGAUGUUUAUACAUUAUUUUUUUACCUCUUUAAUUGGAUCUCAAAUUAGUUUCUCCACAGAUGAUUGACUCACAGUUGUGAUCUUGAUUUAUUUCUUUUCCUUUAAAAGUCUCUUCUUUUCAAACCCUUUUCAACAAACACAUUUAAAAUCCCUUUAAACAUUAAAGGAAUCUUCUUUUUUGUAGUUGAUCUAUUUUUCUAUAUUUCAAUUUCUUCUUUCUUAAUUUCCUCAUGACAUUUUUU